AUGACUGUGCCAAAACCCACCCUCUACAUCCUCAGCGAAUUCCACCCAUCAUCCGUCAAACACGCCCAGUCCCUCUUCAACUGCAUCCUCCCAUCCUCCCCCCAAGCCACCCACUGGCGCGCCCACGCCACCGCAAUCCUCAUAAAGGACUACCACAUUACAGAACCCGACCUCGCCGCCGCCCCGCAGCUGCGCAUAAUCGGCAAGCAAGGCGUGGGCCUCGACAAGGUCGACACAGACGCAUGCAUCCGCUACAAUGUGCGGAUCUGCAAUACCCCCGGCGUGAACGCAUCCGCCGUGGCGGAGAUGACCCUCGCGCUGGCCCUCACCGUGGCGCGCCAGAUCCCAAGCCUCACACACCGCCAGAUCGCGGCCGGCGAGGCGAUCCGCAAGGAGACGGUCCAGGGCGCGCUUCUGACGAAGAAGACGGUAGGGGUGAUUGGGAUGGGACAUAUCGGGGAGAGAGUUGCGCGCAUGUUCCACGGCGCGUUCCAGUCGGGUGUCGUAGCGUACGAUCCGUACUUUGGUCUGGAACAGGGAAUAGAGGAGGAGGAAAACAACGGACAACGCAAAGGCAAAGACAGCAGGAAAUGGGAAGGGAUCCCGUACAAACGGGUGCACCAUCUCAGCGAGCUCCUCCAGUCGUCCGACAUCGUCACCGUGCACGUCCCACUGACGCACAGCACGCGCGGGCUGAUCUCGCGGCCCGAGCUGCAGAGUAUGAAGCGCAGUGCUAUUCUUCUCAACACGGCGCGGGGCGGGAUCGUCGACGAGGACGACCUUGUCGCCGCGCUUGAGGAAGGGUUAAUCUGGGGCGCCGGCGUCGACUGCCAUGUCCAAGAGCCGCCGACGCGCGAGCGCUAUGGGCGGCUCUGGAGCCAUCCGCGCGUUGUAGGGACGCCGCAUGUGGCUGCUGCGACGGAGGAGACGCAGAUUGCGACUACCAAUGCUGCGAUUGAUGCGGUGUAUUCUUAUAUGACUUCUAGUGGCUAG